GUGUGCCCUCUGGCCCAUUGAAAGCCGUCAGCGAACAGAAGGGUGUACUCCGGAACGCAGGCUUCCCACACAGAGCCACUUUUUUCCUUCAGAACGACCCAUCUCUAGUCCAUCGACGAUGCACUUCGCCCUCACCGUGACACUCUUGACACUCCUUCUCGCGUCCCUCCUCUGCACUGCCGAGGCAGGCGUCAAGCUCACCCGUCAGCCAGAUGGGACGAGUACGGUACGCUGGAUCGAAGGUGAUACAGCUACGAAGGGGCCCACGAAGGGGCCUGACCCAAGGUCGGUCGCGGCUGAUCUGGCUCUAUAUCGACGCUGUAUCAAGAGGUCUGGGUACACUUGCAUUCUGUGUGUCCAGCAUGAUGCGCCGCAGGGCCGGGAUACGCUCGACUGCUGAAGCUCAGAUCCUUGUGCUGUUCCCUCACGCCGCCAAAGAACGUCGAAGAAUAUCGUCUUGACCGGUGCAUGAGUUUGUUAGGCAGCCGUCGAUGUUCUCACCACUGACCGCUCCCGCUUCCGUUGUCCGUAGGCUACGGCAU